CUGCAGUGCACAACACCGACCGUCCAGCCUCUCCGCGCUCCUCUUUCUUCACCCUCAGCGACGACACGCAGGAAAACGGGCGUCUGUCUUCGGUUUUAACCAACCGAGGUUUCGCCGCAUCCCCACGUCCUGCCUCCUCAUUGUACCUCCGCUGCUGUGAGGUUUGUAGCGGUUAUUACCCAGCUUUCUUCUGUCAGAGGAGCCAGUUCUGAAGGUCCACUCGGGAGUCCGCAUCGUGCUCAGGGAACAGGGAUACCCUGACAUUAAAGCCGUGYUUGCUGCCGCAGUGUGCGGGAUGUUCUGCAGGUGCAGUGUGUGACGUGUAGAAGGAUUCGGAGGCUAAAAACCACCAGUUCCUUCCUCGCUGAGUGCUCAGUGGAAAGAAAAUUGAAUCAGAUCUAUCCAGAGCCUGGAGGAGCAGCGUUGAGUAGAAGUCCUGGAGCAGCAGGGGGCAAAUAAACACCGUAGUGGUUCUUAUCCAAGGAGCAGCACCACUGGUUUUCCAGUCACAGACAUUUCCACAGUCAAAGGAGGAGAGGCGUGUGUAGCCUCAGAAGGAAAAUCAAUAGAAGUAGGAACAACAAAACAUGGGAAAACUAAGAACAGGUGCAGUGGGGGCGAGGCUGCUCUCAGGUCAAAACAAAUCUGACACCAUGGAUCUCGAUGAGGAAGAGAAUAUGAGUUCAAGCAGCACUGACGUUAAGGAAAACCGAAACCUGGACAACGUGUCCUGCAAAGACGGGAUGGGAGUCGCUGAUCAGCUCCCCAAUGGCAGUGGCCCUGGCAGUCGAAAGCGUCCAUUGGAGGAGGGUAACAAUGGUCAAGCCCAUUCCAAGUUCCGAGCCAAGAAGCGCAAGAAAACACCUGGGCCAGUGCUGCCCAAGAAUGCUCUGAUGCAACUGAAUGAAAUCAAACCGGGUCUACAAUACAAACUGCUGUCUCAGACAGGACCAGUCCAUGCACCAGUUUUUGUCAUGACUGUGGAGGUUAAUGGUCAGGUGUUUGAGGGCAUGGGCCCGACCAAGAAGAAGGCUAAACUGAAUGCAGCUGAGAAAGCGCUACGUUCUUUUGUCCAGUUCCCCAAUGCAUCGGAGGCUCACCUGGCCAUGGGCCGAACUUUAACAGUGAACACAGACUUUACAUCUGACCAAGCCGACUUUCCAGACAUGCUCUUCAAUGGCUUCGAGACACCAGCUGUACCUGAAGAAUCCUUCUAUCUAGGUUCCAACGGUACAAACUCACUAGGGGAAUACCCGUUGCCUACACCACCUGGGAGCAACCUUGCCCAGGCCCCAUUGCCCCCUUCAUCUGCAUUCAGUUCACCAUCCACUGGCAAAAACCCAGUCAUGAUCCUCAAUGAGCUCAGACCAGGCCUCAAAUACGAGUUUGUUUCAGAAAGUGGUGAAAGUCAUGCCAAGAAUUUUGUGAUGUCGGUAACGGUGGACGCACAGACAUUUGAAGGCUCAGGACGCAACAAGAAACUGGCUAAAGCUCGGGCAGCACAAGCUGCUCUGUCUGCUCUGUUCAACAUGCAGCUUGACCAGACACCAUCCCGGCAACCUAUACCAAGAGAAGGGUUGCAGCUUCACCUACCCCAGGUUCUAGCUGAUGCCGUCUCUCGCCUGGUGGUCGAUAAGUUCAGCGAGCUGACGGACAACUUCACCUCCCCGCAUGCCCGUCGAAAAGUCCUGGCAGGAGUCGUGAUGACAACAGGGACAGAUGUGAAGGAAGCGCAGGUUAUUUGCGUUUCUACAGGAACCAAAUGCAUCAACGGUGAGUACAUGAGCGACCGCGGCCUGGCACUCAAUGACUGCCAYGCUGAGAUCAUCGCCCGACGCUCGCUCAUCAGAUACCUCUACACCCAGCUGGAGUUCUUUCUCAGCAACAGCAAAGAGGAGAACCAGAAGUCGAUAUUUGACUUGUGUGACAAGGGAGGCUACAGGUUAAAGGAUAACGUUCAGUUCCACCUCUACAUCAGCACCUCGCCCUGCGGAGAUGCCAGGAUUUUUUCUCCACACGAAGCCGGAGUGGAAGAUCAGGGAGACAGACAUCCGAACCGCAAAGCAAGAGGCCAGCUGAGGACCAAAAUUGAGUCGGGAGAGGGCACCAUCCCCGUGAGGUCCAGCAACACCAUCCAGACCUGGGACGGGGUUCUUCAGGGAGAGAGGCUGCUUACCAUGUCCUGCAGUGACAAGAUUGCCAG